AUGAAUCUCAGAAUAAUUACGCAGAAUGAGGUGUGUGCAGAUGGUGUCACCCGGAACUUAAGCAGCUGCACAAGGGGCAUCGGGGGUCUGACAAGAGCCAAGGACAAACUAAGAGGGCAGAAGUCCAGGAAUGUAUUCCGCAGAGCCAGCCAAAAGAGCUUUAAGGUUAAAAAUAAAGCAAAACCAGUUACCACGAAUCUUAAGAUAAACAUUGUGAAUGAUGAAAAAGAUAACGGAGUGAAUAAAGCUUUCGUAGAUGUACAAAAGGAACUUGCACACUUCUCAAAAGGCCUUUCUCUUGAACCCCUGCAGAAGCAGCUGAUUCCUCAGCAGUGGCCAGGAAACGAACCAGUUAAUGUUGAUAAAGCUACAAGAUUCAUGGCUCCGUUGUAA